AUGCGACCCGUCUUCACGCUCUUCGGCGACUCCAUCACGCAGUUCUCCUUUGGCCCCGGCGGCUGGGGCGCCGCGCUGGCAAACGACUGGCAGCGCCACGCAGACAUCCGGCUGCGCGGAUACUCGGGCUACAAUACGCGCUGGGCGUUGCAUCUGUUGCCGCAUCUAUUCCCGAGCGGCGGGCGCCCUGAGGACACGCCCGCGCUGGUCGUCGUCUUUCUUGGAGCGAACGACGCCACGAGGCCGCCGCCCCUGAGGCUCCAGCCAGAGCAGUCGAGCCGACAGCACGUGCCGCUCGAAGAGUAUCGGCGCAACUUGGUCUCCAUCAUCGGCGCGAUCCGCGAGUGUGGGGACGGCUCGGCACGCGUGCUGCUCCUCAGCCCUCCGCCGUGCGACGACGUCGCGUGGGCGCAGCACUGCUCGACGACGUACGGACUGGAUCCGGCCUCGGAGCCGAAUCGCAACUUCGAGACGACGCAGCAAUAUGCGGCGGCGGCGCUCGAGGUUGCGGCGGAGGAGGGCGUGCCGGCGGCGGACGUGCACGCCGCCUUCCUGCGAGAGGAGUGGAAGGACCUCCUCGCAGACGGCCUGCACCCAAACGCGCGAGGGAAUGCGGCGAUCGCCGCUUGCGUCCUCGAGGCGAUCGGACGGCACUUCCCCGAGCUGCAGCCGACGCAGACCGCUCCCAGCGCGCUGCCAUCCAAGCAGCGGGCGCACCGCGGAUUUGACCGGCGGCUCGGGAUCGACUUUCCGGACCACAAGGCGAUCGAUGCCUCCGAUCCGGGAGCGACUUUCGACAAGUGGCAGCGGCGCAAGCCCUGA